AUGUCAGCGAGAGACGAGUUCAAUACUCAGCCGAGUCACCAUCUGUCACGGGAUGACGAGGACUCUGCAUUUUCUGUCGCACCUAAAUAUUCUGAACUCCGAACCACGAUCGAAUCGCGCAAGGCCGUUGUCGGCGUCUGUAGGAUGUGGUAUGCGCUCGGCAUCCAGCGCCUCUGGUCACACGUAGUGAUCUAUCUUUCCAAUCCUCACAUCGUGGUCGACAGUAUUGUCAAAGCCCUCCGCUCCAACCCACCUCUCGCGAGCCACGUCCGCAGACUGACCAUAUCCUCGUCACCGUACCAGGGCGGCGUAACCUUUACACAGAAUGAAAAUCACGAACUACGCUCAGACCUACUGCUCAUUAUCUCAAAGUUCACCAACCUUGAGAUAAUUUACUCCCCAUCCGACUUGAUCGACUCUUCCGUGAAUACGCAUCUUCCUUCCCUCUCUAUUCUUCUCCUCCAACGGGCAUGGUCGAACUUUUUAUCUACUUCACCUAAUCUAACACUUCCUUGGCUCACGAUCCGAGCCCUAGUUCUCAAUUUGGGUGGAGCAUUGCCCGGGACGUCUUCAGGAGAGAGUGUUUGCUUUCCAAAUCUCACGCAUCUGGAAAUUCGGGCAUCUCAAUACGGUGUCAUACGUUAUGUCGGAGAGCUCUGGGAAUCGCCUCGACUAGAAGAACUGAUCCUCAAGUCGUGCUUCUACGACGAGUGGCGGAAGUUUAUUGAUAGGAACAGAGAUCGCCUCGAGACUUUAUCGCUUUUCCACAUAUAUGCGGGGCAAACACCGCCUUGGCAUGGUACUAUGCUACUACCCCGUCUCUAUAGAUUAUCUACCAGCGACCCUACGAUGAUCAUGGAUCAUUUGACUGCGCCAAAGCUCACAGAACUCUAUAUUCCCAUGGCCAGUGCCACCGUCCGCCUACCUCAGGCAUUUCGAAGCAUGCUCGUUAGCACGGUCGACGCCCUUAUCCAACAAUUCCCCGUAGUCAAGACGAUCGGAGUAUCAGGGAAAAAUGGGAAACCACUACAACCUCAAUCAUCAGCCGACGCAAUUCACCAUGAAGACAUGGAAAAAUGGCUGAAGCAAGGCGUCAUCGUAAAUGUCCGCCAGAUCAUCCAUCCACCUCCCGUAUCACCUCUUGUUCCGGCAUCUACACCUGCAGCGUCCAAGGAGUCGCGACUACGCGCAAUGUGGGAAAGUUACACAUCACCCAACAUUCCUUAUGAGGAAGGUCGCCCUACUGCCGAUUUUAUCAGGUUAGUACGAGAGUUUAUGUCAAAGCCUCUCGUACACGAAUAUGCCAAGUAUGAGUGCCAUGCUCUGCAUGAGCCUCUACAGGGCAUGUUGUUAUGGCAAGGCUGCUGGGCAUUGCGAACUGGUCCAGGUUCCCUUGUACUCAUACAUGGUGACUCUGCGUCAACGGUGAAGCGUGCAAAGGACUCGGCAUCCGCGAGAGCCAUCGUCUACACCCUGCACAAGUUGAGUGGUGAUGAAGAGAGGCUUGAUGGUCAUCCGUGGUUAGUGAGACGUACAACAGAUAUUUGGUAA